AUGUUUAGAGCUGGAAGAAAGCAACUUUGGAAGCAGAGCAUUGGCAGAGUUAUAAAGCAAAAGCUGAAGGAGGAAAGGGAGGCUAAGCGUGCUCGACUGGAUGACAGGCAUGAUUACUUACUGGAUAUUGUUGCCACUUGUGUGAAUCUCGACAAAGCAGAAAUAGAAGAAGCUAUUCUUGAUGGUAAUCAGAUAGAGCGCAUUGACAAAUUCUUGGACCCAGGAGGUCUGCGCCAUCUGAUGUUCUACUAUCAAGAUGUGGAGGCAACUGAUACGGAGCAUUUUAGCUUUCCAGGAAUUAAUUCUCACUUGACAAAGAAGAAGAAACCUAAAGUAUUUGUGACAGAGGGGAAGGACGUUGCUUUAACUGGUGUAUGUAUUUUCUUCAUUAGAUCUAAUGUUCUGAAAGCCAUCACAGCUGAGAAUAUCUAUCAGGAAGUAAAUUUUAAUAUGAUGGAUGUAGGCCGAGAUGGCUUACUAAAAAGUGUUGAGCAGCUGAUAUUAGAAAUCUUCAUUCCAGCCUUACGAAUUGCAGAUUAUGGCUGGGUUGGACUUGGUGAACAUCAACAAAAUGACAAUAUUAAGAAAGAGUUCCUCACUUCUGUUGAAUCGUUUGUUAGUGUGCUCUCAGGAACUCAGCAAAGUCUGCUGGAGAAGAUCAGUCUGAAGAAAUGUGAAACUUAUGAUCUGAAGAAUCUGAAAGGACCUGCAGAUUAUCUGAUGGUUGCUAACAGCACAGAAGAUCUUGAGAGAAUAGAAGUCUGCAUGAAAGGAUGGACCAAACAGAUUCAGCAGAUUCUUGCAGAAAAUGACCAGUUGAGGAAGGAAGCUGACAACCUUGGACCACGAGCAGAGCUUGAUUACUGGAAAAAAAGAUUGUCUAAAUUCAACUACCUUAUGGAUCAGCUGAAGAGCCCAGAUGUGAAAGCAGUGCUUGGGGUGCUCACUGCUGCUAAAUCCAAGCUGCUGAAGAAUUGGAGAGUGCUGGACAUUCGCAUCACAGAUGCAGUAAAUGAAGCUAAAGAUAAUGUGAGAUAUCUCUAUUCCCUGGAAAAACAUUGUGACCCAUUGUACAACACGGACCCUGUGUCCAUGGUGGAUGCUAUUCCAGGACUUAUAAAUGCAAUUAAAAUGAUUCAGAGUGUCUCACUGUAUUACAAUACCUCUGAAAAGAUCUCCUCAUUGUUUGUGAAGGUCACCACUCAGAUGAUCACAGCAUGUAAAUCUUAUAUCACUAACAAUGAUACUGCCACCAUCUGGAAUCAACCUCCAGACAGAGUUAUGGAAAAACUACGUGCAGCCAUUCGGCUUAAACAGGAGUAUCAAAAUUGCUUUCGUAACAUGAAGAAGACUCUGGAGCAAAAUUCAGCUGAAAGACAGUUUGAUUUCAGUGAGGUGUAUAUCUUUGGAAAAUUUGAAACCUUUAACCGACGUCUGUUAAAGAUAAUAGAUAUUUUCAAUACUAUGAAAACCUACUCAGUUCUACAAGAGUCUAAGAUAGAAGGUUUGGAAGAAAUGAUCACAAAAUAUGAGAAUAUUGUUGACAUCAUGAAGAAAAAGGAUUACAAUUUCUUGGAUCAACGGAAGGCUGAUUUUGACCGAGACUAUGAAGAGUUUUGCAAAGAGAUAAAUGAUCUACAUGAUCAGUUAAAGACUUUUAUGGACAACACCUUUGAAAAUAUUCUGAACACUGAAAGAGCACUGUGUAUGUUGAAGAAAUUUGAAAGAUUACAAAUCCCUAAUCUUGGCAUUAAUGAAAAGUAUCAGAAAAUCCUUCAAAACUAUGGAUAUGACAUAGAAGCAGUCUGUAAACUCUACAGUAAGCAGAAGCAGGAUCCUCCACUGGCUCGUAAUCUGCCUCCAAUAGCUGGUAAGAUCUUGUGGGCACGCCACCUAUUCCAUAGGAUCCAGCAGCCCAUGGAUUCUUUCCAGCAGCUGCCAGCUGUUCUGCAAACGCCAGAUGGCAAGCGCAUAAUCCACAACUACAACAAAGUAGCAAGAGUUCUUAUGGAGUUUGAGGUGAUCUAUCACAGGGGAUGGCUUCAGCAGAUUGAAUUAACUAAAACAAGACUUCAGGCAGCUCUCUUGGUAAAAUCUCCAGAAACAGGAGAGUUAUUUGUGAAUUUUGACCCUCAAAUAUUAACUUUAAUUAGAGAAACAGAUUGCAUGGCUCACAUGUGCCUUGAUAUCCCACCAUUUGCAAGUGCUAUUCAACAGAAGAGAGACUGGUAUAAGAAUAUUGUCCACAGUUUGCAGAUGAUGCUAGCAGAGUAUAAAAGAAUUAAACUAAAAAUAAAACACCCUGUUGAACGAUUGAUGAUCCCUUGGUUAGCAAAUAUAGAUGAUGCUGUCCAGCCAGGUCUGAUGUUACUGACCUGGACAUCAUUGAAUAUUGAGAAAUAUAUUGAUACAAUUUUUAGAAAGCUAGCUGAACUGGAGUUAUUGCUUGAUAGAGUGAAUGACUUGAUUGAAUUUCGUAUUGAUGCUGUCCUUCAAGAAAUGAGUAGUGUGCCGCUCUGUAAAUUGCCAGAAGAUGAACCACUGAGCUGUGAGGAAUUUCUCCAAAAGACUAAGGAGCUUUGUAUGAAAGGUUCUCAGACUUUACAUUUUAAAAGCUCACUGGUGGAAGAAGCGGCUAAUGAGCUGAUUAACAUGUUACUGGACACGGAGGUACAGGUCAAAAAAGAUGAGAAGUCAGUUGUUUCCACUGAUUUAACUAACUUGAUUUAUGAUGUUUUAGCAACAGAGGAGGAAAGAAGAUCAAAAAGCCUGACUUCCUCCAACAAUUCAAUUGAGAUAUGGGCUGGACUCUCUCCGUUGGCAAAGAAGAAGAGACAAGAUACAGAAAUAUUAGAGGAAGAAGCCAAUGAACUACUUUCUUACUUCAAUGGUUGUAAUGUUGAUGCCCUUCUGAAACUCACUCGAAAUACUCUGGAGAACAUACGGAAGCGUGUCCAUGCAUCUGCCGUGAUCAGCCUCCCAGAAAAUCACGAUGCCUCUAAGAAGAAAACAAGUGCUCAUCCUAUCAUUAAGACUAGCAUUAACCUGUCUAUCCCUAAUAUUGUCAUGAAGCCUUCUUUGGAUGAGGUACAGCAAACGCUUAACAAAGCUGUAGACAGUAUUGUGAAAGUAAUGAAAGGAGUUGGGCAGUGGAGUAAGGAGAGAAUAUCCAAGAAAGAACUAUUAGAGAGAAAAUUAGCUAUGUUGCAGUGUGAGAGUGGAGACAGUGAUUCUGAAGAUGGAAUGAAAGAGAUUGGAAUGAAAAACACGCAUGAUGGGGCUUCAGAUACAGCAUCUCUCAGUUUGUCUGAAUCAGUGCAGAGCAAGAACUACUUCAAGAGUGUUUCAAAUAACAAAGAAAUUAUUAAACUGGUAUCUUUACUCACCACUGCUAUUAAUUCUACAAAAAAGGAAGUUCUUACAGCUAUGGAGAGUUUUAGUUGUUACCACCAUAUAUGGCAGAGGGACAAGGAGAAGACCAUUGAAAAAUUCAUGAUGGGAAACCCAUUACUCUCUGAAUUGGAAUCUCAAAUUCUACUUGUCAAAGACUUGGAGAUGAAAGUCAGUUCUGAGCCUGAAUACAUCUGUGUGGGAGCUAUUGCACUGUACACUGCUGAUCUGAAGCUAGCACUGAGAGCAGAAAUCCAAGACUGGAUGAGUGUUUUGGGUCAUCAUUGCAAUAAGAAGUACAGAACAGAGAUGGAAACAAUUUUCACUUUUAUAGAGGAAACUGACAGGAAGUUAAAUCGUCGCAUUGAGGAUCUGGAUGACAUAAGAACAGCCAUGUCUGCACUAAAAGACAUCAGAGAAUUACAGAUUUCCAUAGAUUCUCAAGUUGGGCCCAUUGAGGAAUCCUAUGCUAUAUUAAACAAGUAUGAUCUACUUGUGACCAAGGAAGAGUCAGAGAAGGUGGAUACUUUGCACUAUACUUGGGAAAAGCUGCUGCUCCGAGCAAAUGAAGUGCAGAAUGAGCUCAUUGCUUUGCAGCCAAAGUUCAGAGGAGAGCUUAUUAGCUCUCUGAAGGCUUUUACUGAAGACUGUGCACAGUUCUAUUCAGAUUAUGAACAGAGUGGGCCGCUGGUGGUUGGUUUAGAGCCUCAGGAAGCCAGUGAUAGGCUUACCAUGUUUCAGAAUCGAUUUGAUAAUCUCUUUCGGAAAUACAUUACUUACACUGAUGGAGAAGAUCUUUUUGGUUUGCCUGCUACACAAUAUCCUCAGCUACUUGAAAUAAAGAAGCAACUGAAUCUGUUACAGAAACUCUAUAAUCUAUAUAAUUGUGUUCUUGACACAGUCAGUGGGUACUAUGAUAUUCUUUGGUCAGAAUUGGAUGUUGGAAAAAUUAGUGGUGAACUUAUGGAAUUUCAGAACAGAUGCCAUAAGCUUCCUCGUGGUGUAAAGGAGUGGCCAGCCUUUUUUGGCCUAAAGAAGACUAUUGAAGACUUCUGUGAAUGUUGCCCGUUGCUGGAACGCAUGUCAAGUAAGGCAAUGAUGCCUCGGCACUGGAAACAGAUAACAGAACUCACUGAGCACAACUUUGUUGUAGAAGGUGAAACACUGAGACUGAAGAAUUUUAUGGAGGCUCCUCUACUCAAAUAUAAGGAGGAAAUAGAGGAUAUCUGCGUAAGUGCUGUGAAGGAAAGAGACAUUGAACAGAAGUUAAAACAAGUGAUAGCUGAAUGGGACAACAGAACAUUUGUCUUUGCAAACUUUAAAACCCGUGGGGAACUUCUUUUAAGAGGAGACAGCAUAUCAGAAACAAUUGCUACCAUGGAGGACAGCUUGAUGAUUCUUGGCUCUCUCAUGAAUAACAGAUACAACACGCCCUUCAAGACAGAGAUUCAGAAAUGGGUGCACUAUCUUUCCAACACAACAGAUAUCAUUGAGAACUGGAUAACUGUGCAGAACUUGUGGAUUUAUUUAGAAGCUGUUUUUGUUGGUGGUGACAUAGCAAAGCAGCUUCCAAAGGAAGCAAAGCGUUUCUCUAACAUUGAUAAAUCCUGGGUAAGGAUCAUGACUAGAGCUCAUGAAGCACCUAAUGUUGUUCAGUGCUGCAUUGGAGAUGAAAUCAUGGGACAGUUACUACCACAUUUACUAGAACAGCUUGAAAUCUGUCAGAAAUCACUCACAGGGUACCUGGAGAAGAAGCGUCUCCUAUUUCCACGAUUCUUCUUUGUAUCAGAUCCUGCCCUAUUAGAAAUUCUUGGCCAGGCAUCAGAUUCUCACACUAUACAAGCACAUCUGCUGAAUGUCUUUGACAACAUUAAAACUGUCAAGUUCCAUGAAAGGAUAUAUGAUCGUAUAUUGUCAAUUAGUUCGCGAGAGGGUGAGACUGUUGAGCUGAGUAGACCUGUAAUGGCUGAAGGUAAUGUGGAAGUUUGGCUCAAUUCUCUGUUGAAGGAGUCCCAGCUGUCACUGCACCAUGUUAUUCGCCAGGCAGCUAUGCAUAUCCAGGAAACUAGUUUCCAACUGAUUGAAUUUCUUUCUACCUACCCAGCCCAGGUUGGGUUGUUGGGGAUCCAAAUGAUUUGGACAAGAGACUCAGAGGAAGCUUUGACUAAUGCCAGGUAUGAUAAAAAAAUUAUGCGAAAGACAAACCAGUUUUUCCUGGAUCUUCUAAACACAUUGAUAGAUAUGACAACAAAAGACCUUAACCCAGUCGAACGAAUUAAAUAUGAGACAUUAAUCACUAUUCACGUGCAUCAGAGGGACAUCUUCGAUGGUCUGGUUUGCAUGCAUAUUAAGAGUCCUACAGACUUUGAGUGGCUGAAACAGUGUAGAUUUUAUUUUAAUGAAGAUGAUGAUAAAAUGAUGAUUAAUAUCACUGAUGUGGGUUUCACAUACCAGAAUGAAUUCUUGGGCUGUACUGACAGGCUUGUCAUCACACCUCUUACAGACAGAUGUUACAUCACUCUGGCUCAAGCUUUAGGCAUGAAUAUGGGUGGAGCACCUGUGGGGCCUGCAGGAACUGGAAAAACUGAAACCAUCAAAGAUAUGGGACGGUGCCUUGGUAAAUAUGUAGUUGUCUUCAACUGUUCAGAUCAGAUGGAUUUCCGAGGACUUGGGAGGAUCUUCAAAGGUCUUGCUCAAUCUGGCUCCUGGGGUUGCUUUGAUGAAUUCAAUCGUAUUGAUUUACCAGUACUAUCAGUAGCUGCACAGCAAAUUGCAAUUGUGUUGACAUGCAAGAAAGAGCGUAAGAAAAGCUUUGUUUUCACUGAUGGAGAUAACGUGGAAAUGAACCCGGAAUUUGGCAUCUUUCUUACUAUGAAUCCAGGAUAUGCUGGACGGCAAGAACUUCCUGAAAACUUGAAGAUCAACUUCCGUUCAGUGGCCAUGAUGGUUCCUGAUCGUCAAAUUAUAAUUCGUGUCAAGUUGGCUAGUUGUGGUUUUAUUGCUAAUGUUGUGUUGGCAAGGAAAUUCUUUACAUUGUACAAGUUCUGUGAAGAACAGCUAUCAAAGCAGGUGCAUUAUGAUUUUGGCUUACGGAAUAUAUUGUCAGUGCUACGCACAUUAGGAGCAGCAAAAAGAGCAAAUCCUACAGAUACUGAAUCUACCAUAGUUAUGCGUGUGCUGAGAGACAUGAACCUGUCUAAACUGAUUGAUGAAGAUGAACCCUUAUUCCUGAGUUUAAUUGAAGAUCUAUUUCCAGAUAUCCAUCUUGAUAAAGAAAGCUAUCCUGAACUGGAAGCUGCCAUUGACAAACAGGUGGAGGAUGCUGGACUUGUUUGUCAUCCUCCUUGGAAACUGAAAGUUAUCCAACUUUUUGAAACUCAGAGAGUAAGACAUGGAUUGAUGACUUUAGGACCCAGUGGUUCAGGAAAAACUGCUUGUAUCCACACUUUGAUGAAAGCCAUGACAGAUUGUGGACAGCCACAUCGUGAAAUGAGAAUGAAUCCUAAAGCUAUAACGGCACCGCAGAUGUUUGGUCGUCUUGAUGUAGCAACAAAUGAUUGGACAGAUGGAAUAUUUUCCUCUCUCUGGAGGAAAACAUUAAGAGCCAAGAAAGGUGACCACAUCUGGAUAGUUCUUGAUGGUCCAGUUGAUGCUAUUUGGAUUGAGAACCUUAAUUCUGUCCUGGAUGACAACAGGACUCUAACACUUGCAAAUGGAGAUCGUAUACCUAUGGCACCAAAUUGUAAAAUAGUCUUUGAACCUCACAAUAUUGAUAAUGCUUCUCCAGCAACAGUCUCAAGGAAUGGGAUGGUAUUCAUGAGCUCAUCAGUUCUCAACUGGAGCCCUAUCCUUGAGGGUUUUUUGAAAAGGCGUUCUUUUCAAGAAGCUGAAAUUCUACGUGGGCUGUACUCUUCAUCAUUCCCAGACUUAUAUCGCUUUAGCAUUCAGUCUCUGCAAAGCAAGACUGAGAUGCUGGAAGCCUUUGUGAUUAUGCAGAGCAUUAAUAUGAUGCAGGGCCUUAUCCCACCUAAGGAGCAAGGUGCGGAACUGACUGCAAAAUACUUGGAAAGGCUGUAUAUCUUCUCUCUUAUGUGGAGCAUAGGAGCAUUACUAGAACUGGAAGACAGAUGCAAAAUGGAGCACUGGCUUCGAAACUGUGCAACAGUAAAGCUUGAUCUUCCCUGUAUUCCAGAAGGCAGUGAAAAUACCAUAUUUGAUUAUUAUGUGGCAUCUGAUGGUAAUUGGAUGCACUGGAAUACACGUGUUGAAGAGUAUGUAUAUCCUAGUAGCAGCACGCCAGAGUAUAGCUCCAUUCUUGUGCCAAAUGUUGACAACGUGAGAAUGGAUUUCCUUAUUGAAACCAUUGCUAAACAGGGCAAGGCUGUUCUACUAAUUGGUGAGCAAGGAACUGCAAAGACUGUUAUCAUCAAAUGUUUUAUGUCGAAAUAUAACCCCGAAAGCCACAUGGCUAAGAGUUUGAAUUUUUCUUCUGCAACUACUCCGUUAAUUUUCCAGCGCACAAUAGAAAGUUACAUGGACAAGCGCAUGGGCACAACAUAUGGUCCACCUGCAGGCAAAAAGAUGACAGUCUUCAUUGAUGAUGUGAAUAUGCCCAUAAUAAAUGAAUGGGGAGAUCAGGUCACUAAUGAGAUAGUUAGGCAGCUCAUGGAACAAAAUGGACUAUAUAACCUGGAAAAGCCUGGAGAAUUUACCAACAUUGUGGACAUUCAGUUUUUGGCUGCCAUGAUCCAUCCUGGGGGAGGUCGCAAUGACAUUCCACAGAGACUCAAGAGACAGUUUUCUGUGUUCAACUGUACUCUGCCUUCUAAUUCUUCUAUUGACAAAAUUUUUGGUGUAAUUGGAGAAGGGCACUAUUGUAGUGAGCGAGGAUUUUCAGAAGAUGUAAAAGAAACAGUAUCCAAGCUAGUACCGCUGACCCGCAGGCUGUGGCAGGUUACCAAGCUGAAAAUGCUGCCCACGCCCGCCAAGUUCCAUUAUGUCUUCAACCUUCGAGAUCUCUCGAGAAUUUGGCAGGGAAUGCUGAACGCUACAUCAGAAGUGAUCAAUGAACCAAAGGUAUUAAUAAAAUUGUGGAAGCAUGAAUGUAAGAGUGUUAUUGCUGAUCGUUUCACAACCUUGGAAGAUGUAAAGUGGUUUGACGCAGCUGUGGCAAAACUCAUUGAGGAGGAAUUCGAAGGAAAGACAACUUUGUUGAAUCCUGAAAUUGAUGCAUUCUUUGUUGACUUCCUAAGGGAUGUAUCUCAAAGAACUGGUAAGAUGGGCUCUGAAGUUGAUGUAAGGAUUCCCAAAAUUUAUGAGCCAGUUUACUGCUUUCGUCAGCUACGGAAUCGUUUAAAUACGUUUUUACAAACAUACAAUGAGAAUGCCCGUGGCACUGGUAUGGACAUGGUUUUCUUUGAGGAUGCCAUGGUUCAUUUAGUAAAGAUUUCUCGAGUGAUUCGUACUCCUCGUGGAAAUGCUCUUUUAGUUGGAGUUGGUGGCUCUGGAAAGCAGAGCUUGACAAGACUAGCAUCAUUCAUAGCCGGCUAUGAUACAUUCCAGAUCAUGUUAACUCGAUCUUACAACACUUCAAACUUGAUGGAAGAUCUGAAACUUCUUUACAGAACUUCAGGAUUGCAGGGAAAGGGCAUAUGUUUUCUCUUUACAGACAAUGAGGUCAAAGAUGAGUCUUUCUUGGAAUACUUGAAUAAUGUUCUAUCAUCAGGAGAGGUGUCAAACUUAUUUGCUCGUGAUGAAAUAGAUGAAAUCCUGAGUGACCUCAUAACAACCUUCAAGAAGGAACAUCCACGUAGACCUCCAACCAGUGAAACUUUGUAUGACUACUUCAUGACUCGAGUCUGUCAGAACCUUCAUGUAGUUCUUUGCUUUUCACCAGUAGGUGAAAAGUUCCGAAACAGGGCCUUAAAGUUCCCUGCCCUCAUUUCUGGAUGCACUAUAGAUUGGUUCAGCCGAUGGCCUAAGGAUGCUCUAGUGGCUGUAUCUGAACAUUUCCUGUCCUCAUAUGAUAUGGACUGCACCGCUGAGACAAAGAGAGAAAUUGUGCAGUGUAUGGGCUCAUUCCAGGAUGGAGUGGCAGAGAAGUGUUCUGAUUACUUUCAAAGAUAUAGACGUUCUACACAUGUGACUCCCAAAUCCUAUCUGUCUUUUAUUCAAGGUUAUAAAACUACAUAUGAAGAAAAACGUGCAGAACUGCAGAUAUUUGCCAACAGAGUUAAUACUGGGCUGGAAAAGUUGAAAGAGGCCUCUGUGUCAGUGGCUGCUCUAAGCAAAGAGCUGGAGAUAAAAGAAAAAGAACUUCAGAUUGCUAAUGAAAAAGCUGACAUGGUAUUGAAGGAAGUUACUGUAAAAGCACAGGCUGCUGAGAAGGUGAAGGCUGAAGUUCAGAAAGUGAAAGACAAAGCCCAAGCUAUUGUGGACAGCAUCUCAGUUGACAAAGCCAUUGCUGAAGAAAAGUUAGAAGCUGCUAAGCCUGCUUUGGAAGAGGCAGAAGCAGCCUUACAGACUAUAAAGCCUGCAGAUAUUGCCACAGUCCGAACACUUGGUCGACCUCCUCACCUUAUUAUGCGUAUCAUGGACUGUGUGUUACUGCUUUUCCAACGAAAAUUGAACAGUGUAAAAAUUGAUCAGGAAAAGAGCUGUACCACCCCGUCAUGGCAAGAAUCUUUGAAACUGAUGACAGCAGGGAACUUUUUACAGAACCUACAGCAAUUUCCGAAGGACACCAUUAAUGAAGAAGUGGUAGAGCUUUUGAGCCCUUAUUUUGAAAUGAUGGACUACAACAUUGAGACAGCUAAGAGAGUAUGUGGGAAUGUUGCUGGGCUUUGCUCGUGGACCAAAGCUAUGGCUGUAUUUUUUUCCAUCAACAAAGAAGUAUUACCCUUAAAGGCUAAUUUAGCAAUCCAGGAGAACCGCCUAACCACUGCUAUGUUGGAUCUGCAGAAUGCUCAAGAAGAACUGAGUGCAAAGCAAGAAGAAUUAGAUAUUGUACAGGCAGAGUAUGAAAAAGCCAUGAGAGAAAAACAGGCUUUGCUUGAAGAUGCUGAUCGUUGCCGGCAUAAAAUGCAAACAGCUUCAAGUCUAAUAAGUGGUCUAGCAGGUGAAAAAGAUAGAUGGACAAAACAGAGUAAAGAAUUUGCCUUGCAAACCAAGAGGCUAGUGGGUGAUGUUUUGUUGGCUACAGCAUUUCUAUCCUACUCUGGUCCUUUUAAUGAAGAGUUCCGCAAUCUGCUAUUAAAUGACUGGCAAAAGGAAAUGAAAACCCGGAGAAUUCCCUUUGGUAACAAUCUGAACCUCAUAGAAAUGUUGACUGAUGCUUCUACUAUUAGUGAAUGGAGCCUGCAAGGAUUACCAAAUGAUGACUUAUCCAUACAGAACGGAAUCAUUGUCACUAAAGCAUCUCGUUAUCCUUUAUUAAUUGAUCCACAGGCACAGGGUAAAAUUUGGCUUAAGAACAAGGAAGGCAAAAAUGAACUUCAGAUCACUUCUUUGAAUCACAAGUAUUUUAGAAAUCAUUUAGAAGACAGCCUUUCUCUUGGAAGACCUCUUUUGAUAGAAGAUGUUGGUGAAGAGCUUGACCCAGCAUUAGAUAAUAUUUUAGAAAGAAAUUUCAUUAAAUCCGGUUCCACCAAUAAGGUGAAAGUUGGUGACAAAGAAGUAGAUGUGAUGAAUGGCUUCAGACUUUACAUUACUACAAAACUGCCAAAUCCAGGUUACUCUCCUGAAAUUAGUGCUCGAACUUCCAUCAUUGACUUUACUGUGACCAUGAAAGGUCUCGAAAAUCAACUCUUGGGUAGAGUCAUUCUGACUGAGAAACAGGAAUUAGAGAAAGAAAGAACAGAUCUUAUGGAAGACGUGACUUUAAACAGAAGGAGGAUGAAAGAGCUGGAAGAUAACCUUCUAUUCCGACUUACAAGCACUAAGGGUUCUCUGGCAGAUGAUGACAGUUUAAUAAUUGUACUGAAUAAUACUAAAAAGACAGCUGAGGAGGUAACACAGAAACUGCAAAAUUCUGCUGAAACAGAGGUACAGAUAAAUUCAGCUCGUGAAGAAUACAGACCUGUUGCAACUCGAGGUAGCAUCUUGUACUUUCUAAUUACUGAGAUGAGCAUGGUCAAUGUGAUGUAUCAGACUUCACUUCGACAGUUUUUGGGGCUUUUUGACAGCUCCCUAGCCAGGUCUGCCAAAAGCCCUAUAACUAGCAAGAGGAUUACUAAUAUUAUCGAACAUAUGACAUAUGAAGUGUUCAAAUAUGCAGCCCGAGGACUCUAUGAGGAGCACAAAUUUCUUUUCACAUUAUUACUUACUUUGAAGAUUGAUAUACAAAGAAACAGAGUGAAGCAUGAAGAAUUUCUGACGCUUAUUAAAGGUGGUGCUUCCCUGGACCUUAAAGCUUGUCCUCCCAAACCAGCUAAAUGGAUCCUGGAUAUGACUUGGCUGAAUUUAGUGGAGCUUAGUAAACUUAGCCAAUUUUCAGAUAUUCUUGACCGAAUUUCUAGAGCAGAGAAAGAGUGGAAAAUCUGGUUUGAUAAAGAGAAUCCUGAAGAAGAACCAGUUCCUUGUGGCUAUGGUCAAACCCUGGAUUGCUUCAGACAUCUUCUUCUUAUCAGAUCUUUAUGCCCUGACAGGACCAUUGCUCAGGCAAGAAAAUAUGUUGUUGACACUAUGGGGGAGAAAUAUGCAGAAGGAGUCAUCUUGGACUUGGAGAAGACAUGGGAAGAGUCAGAUCCACGUGUUCCUCUCAUAUGCUUUCUUUCCAUGGGCUCUGAUCCAACAGACUCCAUCAUUGCUUUGGGAAAAAGGCUGAAGACAGAGACACGUUAUGUUUCCAUGGGCCAGGGGCAAGAAAUCCAUGCUCGUAAACUUCUGCAGCAGACAAUGGCUCAUGGAGGUUGGGCACUUUUGCAGAACUGCCACCUUGGACUUGACUUUUUGGACGAGUUGAUGGACACAAUAAUAGAGGCAGAGACUGUCCAUGAAGGCUUUCGACUAUGGAUGACAACUGAAAUCCACAAACAGUUCCCCAUCAGCCUGCUCCAAAUGUGUAUUAAAUUUACCAAUGAACCACCACAAGGGCUGAGAGCUGGACUAAAGAGAACAUACAGUGGUGUCAGCCAAGAUUUGCUAGAUGUCAGUGACAUGGUACAGUGGAAAGCGAUGCUGUAUGCUGUAGCUUUUCUACACUCCACUAUUCAAGAAAGACGCAAAUUUGGAUCUCUGGGUUGGAAUAUACCCUAUGAGUUUAACCAAGCUGAUUUCAAUGCCACUGUGCAGUUCAUUCAAAACCACUUGGAUGGCACAGAUUCCAAGAAGGGGAUUUCCUGGAGUACUGUUUGUUACAUGAUAGGUGAGAUCCAGUAUGGUGGCCGUGUGACAGAUGACUAUGACAAAAGGCUGAUGAACACCUUUGUUAAGGUCUGGUUCAAUGAAAAAAUGUUCAGUCAAGAAUUCUGCUUCUACAAAGGAUAUGGCAUACCCAAAUGUACUAUGGUGGAUCAAUACCUUCAAUAUAUACAGAGUCUUCCUGCUUAUGACACACCAGAGGUAUUUGGUUUGCACCCCAAUGCUGAUAUCACUUAUGAAAGUAAACUUUCCAAAGAUAUAUUGGACAUCAUCCUCAGUAUUCAGCCAAAGGACAGCUCUGGUGGAGGAGGUGAAACCCGAGAGGCAGUUGUAGCCAGACUAGCUGACGAUAUGCUGGGAAAGCUUCCUGCUGAUUAUGUACCGUUUGAAGUAAAAGAGAAACUGAAGAACAUGGGACCUUUUCAGCCUGUGAAUAUAUUUUUGCGACAGGAGAUUGAACAAAUGCAGAGAGUUAUUUCAUUAGUAAGAAGCACUCUGACUGAUCUAAAACUUGCCAUUGAUGGGACAAUUGUUAUGAGUGAAAAUCUGAGGGAUGCUUUAGACUGCAUGUAUGAUGGGAGGAUUCCUGCAAGCUGGAAAAAAGCAUCUUGGGCUUCCAGUACACUUGGUUUCUGGUUUACUGAACUUCUAGAAAGAAACAACCAGUUUUACAGUUGGAUUUUUGAAAGCCGACCAAACUGCUUCUGGAUAACAGGUUUUUUUAAUCCUCAAGGAUUUUUAACUGCAAUGAGACAGGAAAUAACAAGGGCUAACAAAGGAUGGGCUCUGGACAGUGUAGUGCUGUGCAAUGAGGUUACUAAAUGGAUGAAGGAUGAUAUCACAAGCCCUCCUGUGGAAGGUGUCUACGUGUAUGGGCUGUAUUUGGAAGGAGCUAGCUGGGACAGAAAAAACAUGAGACUGACUGAAUCUAAGCCCAAGGUGCUCUUCGAGAUGAUGCCAGUUAUAAGGAUAUAUGCAGAGAAUAACACUUCAAAAGAUCCACGUCUAUAUUCGUGUCCAGUCUACAAGAAGGCUAUUCGAACAGAUGUGAAUUACAUUGCUGCUGUGGAUCUUAGGACGCUUCAGCCUCCAGAGCACUGGGUACUGCGUGGGGUAGCACUUCUCUGUGAUGUCAAAUAGUGUUCAAAAAAAGGUUUCUGAGUAUUUUUUUCUGAUUGUAAAUGUUUGUAUCAAUUAGAUAUAGGAUGGAUCACUUUAUUAAAAUGUAUUUACUGAGUCGUAGACUCCAUUAUGGUAAUUUUAGUUAAUCAUUCUCAGUGAACUUGUGCAACAGGCUUACAUAGGCUAAUACUUAGAGUAAUAAUAAUUUAUUAAACUGAUCCUCUUUGAUAUCUGUCUUUUAAUGAUAAAUAUCUCACUACUGUGUGCUUUAUUUCACCUUGAAUAAAGAUUGACUUGAACAUAGUUAUCUUUUGGUGCUUAAUUAUGGUUGUAUCAAGGCUUACCUUUAAGCAACUAAAUGCAUUAUUUGUCAAUUUAUUCCACUCUGAAAAACUAAGUUGAGUUGAUCACUUGUACUAGUUAAUAUUCUUCAUGAUGACAUUCCAUGAUUGUCUUGUGGCUGAUUGUUUAUAGUUUGCUGUCUAAGUACGGAAAGUAAAAAUGAAAUAAUGUUGCAUCUGUUCCACUAAUUUUGGAGAACAAAUUCAUGGUAUAACAUUUGACAGCUGCUGGAAUUCCUCAUUACUUGGUUCUUGACUUAUAAGUAUGUGCUGGAGGGGAAGAAGUUUUUAUGUGUCUGCUGCAGACUUUUUGCAUUUCAUCUAGAUAGGUCCACAUAGGAAUCUAUUUUCAAAGAGAAAUGUUAUUACCUCUGCUUAGUUUCCAGGAAGUCCUCUGACUGCUCAUCAGUGUUCUAACUUACCAUAAACUCAUGUCUUUCACCAAGUCCUUCUUCUCCUUCAAAGAUACACAAUAUUCUUGUGCAGAUCAUCUGCAUUAAAAAUAUUUGAGUCAUUUCUAUUUCAAAUGACACUUCUCAGAUCAUGAUUUUUUGUACCAUUUAAUAAUAUAAAGAAGAUGAGAAAUACUGUGUGAUGAUAUCAAACCACAAAGUAAUUGUCAGUGAAUGAACUUCACG